AUGGCGCGAGCAAAGCUCUUCGUCAGGACGACAGUCGUCUUCCUCUUCUUCGUCCUCACCAGCGCCCAGCUCGUCCUCGAGGACGUCCCGGUGGAGCAAGAGGACAAGAGGGCGCAGGGCGCAGGGCAGGCGGCAGAUCCUAUGACUCGCAUGCUGCAGUGGGGAGUAGACCAUACAGACAAGGAGACGCUGGCGGAGAGAGCGAGAGCUAUCAGGGAGGGGAGAGCGCAGCCGACAAAGAUCGACCGGGAGGUGAUGGACGCGCUGUUCGGGACCAAGGUCAAGUUCCUGCAGAAGGUGGUAGAGCGGCUCCUGUCGUCGGUGCGGAGGGACGAGGCUGGGGAGCUAGUGGAGGUGCUGGAGGAGCUGGAGGGAGAGAUCACCGACAUUGACAACGCCAACGACCUUGAUAAAGUCGGGGGCCUGCAACCAGUGCUGGAGCUCCUGUCUCACAGGGAGCGGGAGGUGAAGACGGCGGCGCUGUGGGUGGUGGGGACGGCGGCACAGAGCAAUCCUGUGCUGCAGGAGCUGCUGGCGGGGAGACACAUAAUGGCGAAGCUCCUUGCACCGAUGGAGGAGGCCGGGGCAGCAAAGGAGGUACAGGAGCUGGAUCCAAAGCUGCUUGCCAAGUCGCUCUAUGCUGUCUCGACGUUUGUGAGGGGGUGCAGGAGCUGCUUGGAGCAGUUCGUGGAAGGAGGAGGUGCGGGCUAUAUCAACUCCCUCCUCGCCCUCCUCUCCCGCAACUCCCCCGAGGUGCCUCAGGCUUGGCUGUCCCCUGCCAGGAAGACUGUCGCUCUCGUUGGCUGCUACCUCUGCCCUCCUCACCAAGUUCACGGAGGCGGCGCCAUCGGGGGGAGGAGGAGCGCAUGUGGAGAAAUCGUGUCGCUGCUGGGAGGAGGAGACCGGGAGCUGCAGGAGAAGAGCCUGCAGACUCUGAUCGCCGUCCUCCGCGCCCGACCCUCUGCUCUCGAGGCCAUGGAGGCGGCAGGGGUGAAGAGUAAGGUACAGCAGGCGCUGGAGCACGCGCGCAAGGAGCUGGCCCGGGCAGACAACGACAAGUCGUGGGACGACAUCGCUGUGCUGAGCGAGCAGUUUCUCAACAUGAUGAACAACAGCACAGCUGCUGCUGCCAAGUAG